UAAAAUGCCGAGAACAAGUGAAAAGCAAAAACUUCUAAAAUUAUUAGAAGUAACAGCGCUAAAUGAUUUGAUGAUUCUGGAAUUCUUUUGUGAGGACGAAGAAGAGAAAAAAAACAAAGAAGAUGAAAUAUUGGAGGAACUUUCAAUUGUGUUGGCCCUAGGUGUAGAAUGCAGAUACAGUGUACCAUUUAUCCAAAAUAGCGUGCCUAAAUGUAAGGUAUUUUUAAAGGAAGUUUUAUGGGAACUUGAUGAAAGCAGAUUCAAGAAGAUUACACGUGUGACUUGGAAAACGUUCGAUGUUAUUUUAAAUGGAUUGGAUUGCAGGUGA